AUGAACCCUGCGGACUCCAAAAAUUUGAUCGCCUACUUACACAUCCUGUUCCGACACUUUGGAGCCCCGGAAACUCUUGUCACAGAUAACGGAGGACAGUUUAUUUCCGAAGAGUUCGCCAAAUUCUGUCAAGACCUCCAGAUCGUCCACCUCAAAAGCGCACCCAGGAUGCCUCAAAGCAAUGGCCACGCUGAAAGAUCAGUCCAGACACUGAAGAAAUCGUUGGAAGCCAACAAAUCUUCCCUCGAUACAGCGGUACUUACGUACAAUUACACCCCCAAUGAAGCUCUUGAUGGACGAACCCCCAACGAAGUCUUCUUUGGACGCCAACUCCGUACACCCUUUGAUGUUUUCAAACCAAACUCACCUCACUUCCCAAAUAUGGACAAAUCCGAUGACAUUACACAGCUAAAUCGGUCCCAGAAGAUCAUGAAGAAGAAAUUCGAUAGCCACCAUGGAGCCAGGCCUCGAUUCUUUACAAAGGGAGAGAUGGUGACGAUACAACUCGUUACUGGUAAACGAGUCACUGGGAAACUCAUUCAGUUCUUGGGGAAGACUAUGGCAAAAGUUCAAGUGCAGGACCAAGUACACACUCGCCACUUCAACCAAAUCUGGAAGCGGUUCCCUUACGAGUACGAUACGAUGGUGGAAGAAGAGAAUAAUACACCCCCGGCAAGUUAUUCCUCUAAUCUAUCCCACUAUUUUCUGGUUGUUCCGAACCGAUCUAAUGGACCUGACGCACCUCCUACCGUUGCCCGGCGAAUACAGCCCAGCCGAAACGCCAAGAAGCCCUUGGACUAUCAACAGCUCUCCGGCCGUCGUCAAAAAGCCAAGCAAUGA